AAGCUGCACUUGUCCCACCCUCAGAGCACGUAGGAAGUCGGGACUUCUUAAACGCCGGUUCCCUCCAGCUCGGAGCUGGUAGAUGACUCCCGUCCGCCCUGCUGUGCUCUUCACGCCGCCCUGUCGCUGCCGACCAUGGCUCGGCCUGGGGACACCACCCUCCGUCUUUGUCUCCUGCUCCGGUUUCUGCUAACAGAUUCAGCGCCUCGCGGCUGUGAGUUCAGAGAUGCUCUUUCUCCUGCCUUUGAAUUCCCCAUCACACCAAAGCCCAAUCCUGGACAACCAUGGUGUGAGAUUCAAGGCAAGGUCAAUGGAAACACGUUUCUGUAUUACGCCUGUGGGAACCAGAAGGUCGAAGUCUUUGGUCCUCUGGGGAGGAAUGUGAAUGACAUAGUGUUUUGGGAGAGACAGACCGAAACUCUGAAAGACCUGGCAGAAGAGCUCAAGAAGAAACUACUUGACUGGAAAGCAGCGGAUUUUAUACCCAGUGAUUCUCUCUCCCUGCAGGGCAGGCUGGUGUGUGUGCGUGGGGACAACGGACGCACCAGCGGAUCCUGGGAGUUUGACAUCAAUGAACAGAUAUCCUACUUCUUUAACUCAGAGAGUGGAAAUUGGACACUUCGUCCUAGAGGCCUACAGAUAAAGGCCUCAUGGGAGAGUGACAGAGAUUUGACCAAUUCCCUCAUGAAGAUCUCAGUUGGAGAUUGUAACAAGUGGCUUGAGCGAAUAUUGAUGCACUGGGAUGAACUAGGGGAGACAACAGCCCCGCCAGGCUCGCAGCAAGUCACGGCCCAGUCCGGGGCCACGGCCCUCAGACCCAUCACCUGGAUCCUCCCUGUGAUUCUCAGCUGCUUAAUCAUAAUUGGCAUCCAGGUAGAGUCUUUUAGAGUGACAGGUACUGAGAGGAGAUGGAGCGGGAAGAGAGGGGCAAAUGGCCUGGUGUGAGGACAGGGACAGGUGACUCCCCCGCCCGACCCUGCCCACUCACUGAACCUUGUCAUCACAGAAGUGAGACGAGGUGAUGAGUUCCCCUGUCACUUGUUAGCAGUAACGUGGACAAGCUCAGCCCUGAGUUGUCAUAAGGCCUCACUGUUAAGGCCGCUGGGAAAGGGGAGGGGCCCCCCAAUGCAUAAGGCCUGUUGACGCUAAGGAGAUGUAGCAAGGUCAGGCCUGACUCAGACCUGAUUCCAGAUUGAAGAGAGUCAUUUUGGCCCAGUGCGGGUGGUGUGCGGGGAGAGGGACGCACAGC